AUGGAUCGCAACAUACAACAGCAGCGUAAAAAACGGCGUGACUCGAAACGCAAGUCUGGUACGAAGAGACAGAAACCUGGCGCGAGAUCGGACGAGUCACUCCAUACUAGCUACACUAACUUGCAACCACCGUAUUCCGCCGUCUGUCGCCAACGGUACCAUGCCAGUUUGGUCGAGUACGAAAAACAGUUCAAUCAGGAGCUGAAGAUGCUGGAACUUAUGCAAAACUCGGCCUACGAUUCGAUGCGCUUUCACAGACACUUUGCUAUAACCACACUCUGGCCACCGCUCCACACCCGCAAGGAAAUUGAGUUCGUUUUGGGGAAAUUCUUUCGUCACUCCGAGCGACAGACGCGCCGUCUGCAUGAAAUUAUGAAGGCUCCGGUGUACUGA